GUUGGUUCAAACCUGGGGUUUUUGGUGUUGUCUUGGCGUAUGAGGUAUUACGGGCAAGUGAGGUUCAGGUGUUACUAGCUAAAUUAAGUAUUAUCUAGCCUGCCGACUAACAUUUCUGCUACUUUCGUCUGAAAUUUCUGGAUUUUUCUGAUCAUUACUUCUGGGCAGACGAUAAAUUCAUCUAGCUCUCUAGUUUUUCCAAAACUCUGUGAUGCACAAUGAACGUCGCGGUUUGAGACCAGAUCUAGAGGCGAGAAUAGCUGACACCAUUCGAGUAGUAGCCUGCAAACAAAAUCAAGACUUACGAAUCACUUUCGCCAAUGAUUAUGCGUGUUCAGACAGAUCAAAACCUACUGGUAGUAAAGUAGUACAUUCUGCUUCGGGCUCAGGAUUACAAGAAGCUUAUGGUCACAAAAUGCAGCAUCAGUCAGUCUCAACUACCCACAAAGGACCUCGACUUAAUAGACACUAUGGAAACGAUGGCACUUUUAUCUCACCUACCAUAGAUUCGCAUAUUCCAACCAGUUACGGAUCUGCUAACAGACGUCCACCCAUUACUAAAUCAGAAUUUGAUUAUCGCAAUAAUCGUCGUUCUAUACAUGGCAUACAUUCCAUAAACAAAGACCAAGAGCAGUAUAAUCGUGACUUGAUGACUCAGUAUGAAAUAAAUCGAGCCUUAUUUCUGGCUAAUCCACCUCCAUCAGUUUUAGCUAGUCGCAAUCGUGCUCGUACUAAUGAUAAUAAGGUAAAUGAUAACCGUCGAAUAGAUAUACAAAACAAUUCCUUCAAACAACCUAUACUAAAUGGGUCACGUACUGAUCGUUCAGCAGUUUUUCGACCACCAUUCGAUCAACAGCGUGAUAAGUUCUUGUCAAAGUCAAUGAAAGAGCGUACAUUCCACAAUUCAAAACCCGGAUAUGAUAGUCGGGGAGCAUUAUCCACAAAUUCUCGUGGCUUUACAAGACAUCCACGAGGUCUUUCUCACAACAAUUUUCAUCGUGGACAAAGUUCAAAACAGUAUUGGGGUCAUGAUGACAGAUUUGAAAAUCAUGAGAAUACUGCAGGGAUUCGUGUUCAAAACUCUUUUCGCAACGGAGACUCUAAAACUCGUCAACAUUCUGGUGAUGAAUAUAUAGAUGAUUUAACCCCAGAAGAUAUUGCCAAGUAUAAACUAGAAAUCAAUAUGGAUAAACAACCACGCUUUGUACAUCAUCAACAUCAUCACUAUAAUCUUCAGAAUAACCGUUAUCAUUCACACCAUCAUAGUCAACUUCAACAACAAAAAUAUCAAAAGAAUCAUUCUAAUGCUUAUGACACACAAUUAUAUCACUCGUCUAGGAAAGAGCCAAUACGUUCAAAUAACAAAAUACGAGGCUCAUACAGUAAUCACACUGUUAAUCAAUAUCAAAUGGACGAGAAAGGGAAGCCUAGGAAUUUCACAAACGGUGCUAAAAUACCAGUGAAUGAAAUGAACAUUAGUGCAGCCAACCAAGUUAAUACUGAUGAGCCGAUUCAAUCAAACGAUCCCACCGAAGAUUCUCAAUAUUUUGAGCUCGACUAUACAAGCGGAAUUUUCGACAUACAAAGUCAUGAGAGAGCUAGAUCCUUCUUAACUUUAGGUAUCGAUGAUAGUGAACUUUCACAAAAUGAUUGCUACGCAAAUAUCUCUGAAUCAAGCAUGCAUGAGAUGCAUCGAAGUUACUCUCUUCCAUCGCUAAGAGAGUUGGAGAAAAAUUUUCAGCCACAUUCGUUUAGGGAUUGUACAACACCAACAAUUAAUCUCAAUACUGAUGGAAUUGCAAAUUUAUCAACAGAGAUCAAUGCAGUGACUACCUCAGUAGAAUUAAACUCUGAAAAUAGCACCAAUGUAUCAAGUGCAAAUGUUUGUAGUAGCGACGUUACACAGAAAUCCAUUAAUAUAAACAACGAAAGCAAUGAUCUUGCAAAAAUGUAGUAUUUGAAUAGACUAUGGAUUGGAUCGCUAACAGUCGAAUGUAUAGCCUCAUUGUCUACCUUAACCUCUUUUUAGAUUUCUUACUUGUAUGACUUCAAAUGUGUUACGACGUCGCCUUAAUUGCAAUGAUAUUAUUUACUUUCGUUUUUGAUUAUGGAUUAACCUGAUUAUUUAUUGAUAUUGCUAAUUAUUUGCUAGUUUUCUAUAAUGAUUAAGCGUAUUGAUAAAUGAAAGUCUGUCAUGUAUUACAAUUUAUUUUUUAUUGCUUUAACGUUUGGAACAUAAACUGUACAACAAAAGUUGGAGCGUUAAAGUCAAUGAGUCGAGAGUUAAUGCAUAGUCAUAGAGAUGUAGAGAUGUAAGUAGGAAAUUACAAACACUUGAAGAAAUAAAAAUUAUGAAGUCUAAUUUCUGCAAUGUCAUGCACGCAAGUGUUAUCUGAUGCACCUCAAUAUUCUAACAGUGUAGCAAUCAGCCAACAGUUCAAUUACGUUGGAACAUUUAACCAUCAUAUUUUUAUUCUUGCUAAAUAACUAAUACAUCAAAAGUUAGUGUAUAUUUGACCACAACAACAAGAAACAAACAUAGCUCUAGUUCACCGUGUGACCCAAUUUUUUAGAUUUUUUUUUAUCACUGCCGGGUUCAGCGCUGUAUUUACAGCAGUAUAUUCUUUUUAACCUCGUGAUAUUUUUUAACAUUUUUAAAGUGAGAGAUUAUUUUCCCAACAGAAUUUUUUUGGGCCUGGAGAACGAGCGAAGCACACACAUACAAACAAACUUUUCUAGCCAAACAACAACUAACAUUCUGACAAUCAGUCACUCAGCGAGAAUAAAAAACAUGAUGGGA